AUGAGUCGCGCCAACAAACUUGGCCCGGAGGUUAAUCGAGCUUUGUUCGUCAAGAAUCUAAGCUACAACGUCACUCCUGAGGAGCUGUUCGAUCUCUUCGGCAAGUACGGGCCCAUUCGCCAGGUCCGCCAGGGCAUUGCGAGCAACACCAAGGGCACCGCCUUCGUUGUCUACGAAGAUGUUAUGGAUGCGAAGCAGGCCUGCGACAAACUGAACGGCUACAACUUUCAGAACCGUUAUCUCGUUGUAUUAUACCACCAGCCCGACAAGAUGGUCAGGUCAAAAGAGGAUUUGGACAUCCGCAAGGAGAAUCUCGAACGCCUCAAGCGGCAACAUGGUAUAGAUUGACAGUUAGACGGGCCUGCGGACAGCUUUCAGAGUCGAAACCGACAGUCUGGAGGCCCGUCUUCUCUGACAUCUCCCUCCUCCCCCAACAAGGCGGCUUCGGCGCCCAGGACGCCAACUUCAAAGACGCCGAGGUCAAUCCUCAAAAGGGGCAGGCCCGAUAUCGCCAUGCACGCACGAAAGAUGCCGCACUUCGUGCGCAAGCUUCUUCCCACCGUUCCGGAGUGCGCCUAG